AUGCGGCCGUCCCCGGGGACGUGCUGGCUGCUCCUCUGGCUGCCGCCGCUGGCCGUGCUGUCGGCGGACACGGUGCGCGGCGAGGAGGACGAGGCGGCGUUGUCAGUUCCAAGAUGUAAAGCUUUGAAGGAAAUGGAUUUAAUUAAAACGUCUCAGUCAGACUGUUACUGCUACAAUCAAAAAUCCCAAGUGAAAUGGAAGUAUAUAUGGUCAACUGUGCAGGUGAAAAUUACCAGUUCAGGCCUGCUCAGUGUCGUAUCUAUCACAGAAAGAUAUAAUUGCCAGUAUCCAGAAACCAUUCUAUCUAUUAUCAAAUGUGUGAUUCAUAACCUUUGGACACCAAAGGAGUCUAAUGAUAUAACCAUAACCAUCAAUCCAUAUGGGGAGACUGUGUGCUUCUCUGUGAAGCCUGCCAGGAAGAUAUUUAUCUAUACCGUAAGCGUGAAUCGAAACAUUGUGGAUUUCAGACUCUUCCUUGUGUUUGUGUUGGGCAUUUUCCUCUUCUUUUAUGCAAAGACCUUGAGUCAGAGCCCUGUUUUCUUUUACUCUUCGGGGACUGUGCUAGGUAUUCUAAUGACAUUAGUCUUUGUCCUGUUGCUGGUGAAAAAGUUCAUUCCUAAGUAUAGCACGUUUUGGGCUCUAAUGGUUGGUUGUUGGUUUGCUUCAGUUUAUAUUUUGUGGCAACUGAUGGAAGAGCUGAAGUGGCUGUGGUGUGAAAACAGAAUAUAUAUAUUAGGCUACGUCUUGAUAGUUGGGUGUCUCAGCUUUACUGUUUGUUACAAGCACGGGCCCCUCGUGGAGGAGAGGAGCAUGACCCUCUCGGCGUGGGCGCUGCAGCUCCUCUCCCUGCUCCUGGUCUACGCUGGCGCGGCCAUUCCUCAGUUCGCCUAUGCAGUGAUGCUCCUCACCCUGUCGUCCAAGUUCCUGCACUACCCGCUGAGAGCACUCGCUUACGUGAGAUGGAAAAUGAAGAAACGGUUUACAUCAGAAAAGCCAGUGGUUAAGUUUCUUACUGAAGAUGAGUACAGGGAACAAGCCGAUGCUGCGACGGCCCGCGCCCUGGAGGACCUGCGCCAGGCCUGCUGCAGCCCCGGCUUCCCGUCCUGGCUGGCCGUCUCCAGGCUCCGGGCGCCUAAAACGUUUGCAGACUUUGUUCUUGGAGGAAGCCACUUGUCGCCUGAAGAAAUUAGGCUGCAUGAAGAACAAUAUGGCCUUGCGGGUGCCUUCUUGGAAGAGCAGCUCUUUAACCUGAGGACUCCUGACGGUCUGCCUGCACACUGA